CUUCCUCUCUAGGUCCUCUUUUAGCAUCUACUACAUCUUUUCUCUCUCCUCUACGCCGGAAAAAACGAUUUCCUCCGGCCGCUAACCGUUUCGUCUCUCGUGGAGAAUAGCUUCCUCCUGGUGGAUAGUGUCUGCGGUGAUUUUGCUGUUUUGUUUGACUCGGUGACUCGGUUCUCCGCGUUUGACUCGGUCCCUGGCUCGUUACGCUGCGUUUUCGUAGAAUGUGGUUUGCAUGCCAGGCUUUUUUGUAUUGAAUUUACGGUUCGAGAUCGUGAUCUAGGGUUUCGUCUCUGUUCGUUUUGCUCUUUUACGGUGACAGGUCACGGAAUGCUAUGGGGGAAAGGAGGAGUUGGUUAUCUAAAGAAGCUAAAGAUGGGUUAGAAUAUCUGAAACGUAAACGGCUUCAGAAAAUGAGAACAGCCUCUGUCAAUGAAACAGUAGGCUUUAGCACAAUGGCUAGAAGUGGAGGUGAUGCUUUCAGACCAUAUUCAGCUUCACAUGGAAUCAGAUCAAGGGUGACUGCUAGUACAGUACCUAACUUGAAUGGUUCAUCUACUGCUAAGGGUAACUUGAUGAAGGAAAAAGUGGAAACGUUUGAUACAGAUGAUCUAAAAUGGACCGAGAGGCUUCCAGAGUGUCCUGUUUACAGACCAACAAUAGACGAAUUUGAGGAUCCUUUGACUUAUUUGCAGAAGAUCUUCCCAGAAGCUUCAAAAUAUGGUAUUUGUAAGAUCAUAUCACCUUUGACAGCAACAGUUCCUGCAGGCGCUGUGUUGAUGAAAGAGAAAUCAAACUUUAAGUUCACUACCAGAGUACAACCCCUUCGACUUGCUGAGUGGGAUUCUGAUGAUAAAGUUACAUUCUUCAUGAGUGGGAGGAAUUAUACAUUUCGCGAUUAUGAGAAAAUGGCGAACAAGGUGUUUGCACGUAGAUAUUGCAGCGGUGGUACUCUGCCCGACUCAUUCCUGGAGAAGGAAUUCUGGAAGGAAAUUGCUUGUGGCAAGACUGAAACAGUUGAGUAUGCGUGUGAUGUAGAUGGUAGCGCAUUUUCAUCUGCACCAGGUGACCCGCUAGGAAGCAGCAAAUGGAAUCUGAAUAAAGUUUCAAGGCUUCCGAAGUCUACCCUGCGCCUUCUUGAAACAACCAUUCCGGGAAUCACUGAACCGAUGCUUUACAUCGGAAUGCUGUUUAGUAUGUUUGCCUGGCAUGUUGAGGACCAUUACUUGUACAGCAUCAAUUAUCAACAUUGUGGAGCAUCAAAAACUUGGUAUGGGAUUCCAGGUUCUGCAGCUCUAAAUUUUGAAAAGGUGGUUAGACAAGGGGUGUACAGUGAUGAUAUUCUGUCAGCUGAUGGAGAGGAUGGGGCCUUUGAUGUGCUUUUAGGGAAGACAACUAUAUUCCCACCAAAGAUCCUGUUGGAUCAUGAUGUGCCUGUGUACAAGGCUGUCCAAAAACCUGGAGAGUUCAUCGUCACAUUCCCCAGGGCUUAUCAUGCUGGGUUCAGCCAUGGUUUUAAUUGUGGUGAGGCAGUGAACUUUGCGAUGGGUGACUGGUUUCCAUUUGGAGCUAUUGCUAGUUUCCGCUAUGCUCAUCUUAACAGAAUGCCCCUGCUUCCUCAUGAAGAAUUGAUUUGUAAGGAAGCAGUGCUUUUAAACUCGAGUUCCAAACCCGAGAAUCUGGAUAUUACACCUACGGAAUUGUCAGGACAACGAAACAUCAAGACUGCGUUUGUGCACCUGAUUCGUUUUCUUCAUGCGGCUCGAUGGUCUCUAAUGAAAUCAGGAUUAUGCACCGGCCUUGUUUCGAAUACAUAUGGAACCAUCGUAUGCAGUUUGUGUAAACGUGAUUGUUAUUUGGCGUUUAUAAACUGCUAUUGCUACUCACAUCCUGUCUGUCUCCGUCAUGAUGUUGAAAAGCUUGACCUUCCAUGCGGGACAACACGUACUCUUUUCUUGAGAGAUAACAUAGAAGACCUGGAAGCUGCUGCAAAGAAGUUUGAGAGAGAAGAUGGAGUUUCAGAUAUGAUUACAACUGGUAAAGAGUUAUACACAUAUCCAUCGUCAAUCACACUUCCAGCUGCAGAUGUCGACGGAUAUUCACCAUAUUCCAUUAUAUACUUUGACUUCAAUACCGAUGUAGAGAUGUUGCAAACUGGAAAUCCUGUGAUGAGCUACGAAGCAAAUGCUUCAUGUAUCUCCUUAGUUGCUGAUGAUUAUGAAUGCUCAACAAACGCUGAUUACGCUAAUAGACGAGCUAACUGUAGUAGCAGUAGUGAGUCUAAGCACUCAGAGGAAGUAGCAAGCUGCAGCAGUAACAAGAAAACUCGGUUCUUCCCUGCGGUUCAAGAUCAACCAGUAGUAGUUGCAGAUCAGCAAAGUGACGGUUCUGAUUCAGAGGGUUUCAGAGUCAAACGCCGUUCGCCAUUGAAAUUAAAGAAAAGAACAGUUGUUCUGGACACACGAGACACUGAGCAUCAUAAGGAACAUAAAAGAUUGAAGAAAUGGCAUAGGUACCAGGAAGGAAGAUAUAGUAGUAGCAGUAGUAUUAGGAGACGAGAAGAAGAAAAAUUGUUAGUAAUUUCAAACAGAAAAGUAACUCAUGAGAGGCAGCAAAGUGACGUGAAGAUGAAGAAUGAGAAUCAUUUUGGUGGGUACAAACGUCUGAAAGUGAAAGGGUUGAUAAGGCCGUAACGUGACAGCUGCAAUAUCCUCUGCCUAACUACAAUUUUUUUAUAUGCUGAUCUCUAACAAUACAGGAAAAAAGGGAUUCGAGAAGCAAAAUAUUCAGUAUCUGAUUUUUAAGUAUGUUUCUGUUAUUGGAGAAGAAGGAACAGAACUAAAAAGAAAGCAUUAACCAAGCCGACCUACCAACACUGUUGGUUUCUGUUUACAGGAUUUACCAAAUCUUUGAUUCUUUGUGUACAUCUGUACACCUUUAAAGCGCUCUUGUUCGUUCUGCUGUACAUUCUUUUUUCUCGUUGGUUACUACUAUCAACAAAAAAAGGGUUUUAUUUUUAUUUGUUUCACAAGUUUUGCUAAAGCCUCAUCUCUUACAAACGCAAAGAUUCAAUUUUUCCAGAGAUGGCAAUUCUGCCAUACAUGUGAUGAUGAUGAGAUAUAUUUUUGGAUUUCAGACUAUUCGUUUGAUAAACAUUACAUACUGACAUACGUCAAGCCCAUAGUAACGUACGAACUAACAACUA